AUAAUAUAUAAGAAGAUCACCCUUCUUCGCCCUCACCUUCUACUCCCUCAAUCCACUCUACUCCCUAAAUUCUCUUCCCAUCUUUUUCUUCUUUCCUUCUCCGCUAUUUCGCGCUGCUUCCAGAUUGGAUUCUUCUUUUCUUUCGCAUUCGGUGGGCGAAUUUCAUUUAUUUCUAACCUGCGUCUAGAUUCUGCAUCAAUUUGUCGAUUGAUGCGACGUCGUUUUUAGGAUUGCCUGAUGGAAUCGAUCUGGACGCACAAUGGCGUCCCCACCGCUUCGCAUUUCAUCUUCGCUGUCUACUUCGCCUUUGCGUUCGUUGCUGUCAGGUUCAUUCUCGACAGAUUCAUCUUUCGUAGGCUGGCUAUCUGGUUGUUGAGCAGAGGUACUGCUCAGCUGAAACUUAAUGACGAGACAAGGGCAAAAAUAGCGAAAUGUACAGAGUCAAUGUGGAAACUUACAUAUUAUGCUACUGUCGAGUUUUGCAUUUUAGCGACUAUCUACCAAGAACCAUGGUUUAUAGAUAUUAAGAAGUAUUUUACAGGCUGGCCUGAUCAAGAGCUAAAGCUUCCCUUAAAACUUAUCUACAUGUGCCAAUGUGGGUUUUACACCUAUAGCAUUGCUGCCCUCCUUGCUUGGGAAACACGACGAAAGGAUUUCUCUGUCAUGAUGUCUCAUCAUAUUGUUACUGUGAUCCUAAUUUCUACUUCAUACGUCACAAGGUUUUUCCGAAUAGGGGCAGUUAUUCUCGCACUGCAUGAUGCCAGUGAUGUAUUCCUCGAAGCUGCUAAAGUAUUCAAGUACUCAGGGAAAGAGUUUGGGGCUAGCCUGUUUUUCGGUUUGUUUGCUUUAUCAUGGGUUUUACUAAGGCUCAUAUUCUUCCCUUUUUGGGUCAUAAGAUCGUCAAGCUACUACUUAUGCGAAGUCUUGAACCUGUCAGAAACAUACUCCGCCACAUUGUAUUAUCUCUUCAAUACAAUGUUGUUGACCCUGCUUAUUUUUCACAUUUACUGGUGGAUUCUCAUAUGCUCAAUGAUCACAAGACAGCUGAAAAAUAGAGGACAAGUCGGUGAAGAUAUACGUUCAGAUUCGGACGAUGACUAGUUGGAAAUCAUCUUCUCUGAGAGGUAUGUUAGCUCGGUAAAAAAAAUCGUUAUGUUUGCGAAUGAUUGGCUUAUUCAAUCUGAGAAUUUAUAUUUUUCAGUUGUUGUAAUAGGAGAAAGAUAGGAAUUUCUAGCAUAAAGAUGAAGAUUUCUGCAAUUUAUGUCGGACUAAAAACAUAAAAAAGAAAAGAAAAAGCUCCAUGUAAAAAUUAUAGGUGCUUGUAUAGUAUUUCCUGCUAUUAGCAUCAAUGGAAAUGAACGGAAGAUCUGAACUAACCGGCAUCUAUUCUUUCCUUUCAUCGUUUAUUCG